CCGGAAGGAAUUCAAGGUUGCACAACGUUGUGUUACAUGACCUACCCAAAGCGCGUUUGGUAAGAAAACCUUCAGUUUCGUUGACCUGACAAUUGUCUGUAGUAAGAUGACCAGUUGUCCGAGAUGUCUACAACAGCAGGACGAGUUUUCAGCGGUCUGACACGACUAUCUCGAGGGAUUUCAAUUCAUAACUCAAACGUGAGACUGAACAGUGUGCGGUCCCUAGCUCUAAGCUCUCAAAGGCCAGCGAGUUCCAAGAGGCCCACAGAUGAAGAAGUGAACAAUGAGCCCAUCAAGUUCUCCACAAGUAAAGCCAGUCACAGGACGUGGAAGGUCGACAACUCCAUGGGGAGCCAGUUUGAGCGGCCCUGGUGGAAAGUCCUUCCUGUCAGUCUGGUAGCCAUCGGCUUUCUGUUGUGGUGUGUAAUGAGAGAGGAGACGGACAUUGAUUCAGAGCUGCAGAAGCAGCUGUAUGAGCAUUUACCUGGUCUGCUUUCAGAGGAAACGGAGGAGGAAGCUCAAAAUAAAGAAACAAAAUAAGUUAAAUAUGGGACUUCAGAUAUAUAUAUAUUUCAGGUUUUAUUUAUUGCAAGAUGUAUCAGUAGUAUGCAGGCUGUGGCACCAACUCAUUGUGCUGACAACAUUGGUGGUGUAGCAGCAGUUAAGCCGUCCUGUACCAUGGAAACUUUCUCUCAGUGAAAAAUGAAAGAUUGUGUUAGACCAUACAUUGCCUUUUGUUUCAGUUGAUCAGAACAUGUGGAUUAAAAAUGCCUCAAUUUAAAAACACCCAAA